AUGUUAAAGUGUAUAGCGUGUACCAAGCAGCUUAACGGCGGCGGCGACAAUGGAUCUCUACCACAGAGAAGGGAAAGGGAUGCAAAUGGUCUCGACGACGAUUAUGCUACGGAGACGCCCAGGACGAGGCAGGCCAUUAAGAAUCUCACCGCUCAGAUAAAAGACAUGGCGGUAAAGGCAUCAGGAGCUUAUAAAAACUGCAAGCCAUGUUCAGGUUCAUCAAACAAUAAGCAGCAGAAUGGGAACUAUGCUGACUCUGAUGCUGCCUCAGAUUCAGCUAGGUUCCACGGUUCAUACCGUAGGGCGGCGGCUGCUGCAGGUAGUUCCAAUUCUACGCCAAGGAUUUGGGGGAAAGAGAUGGAGGCAAGGCUGAAAGGGAUGUCGAGUGGUGAAGGAACUCCAGCGUCAGGGAGUGGGAGGACGGAAUCCGUUGUGUUCACGGAGGAAGAUGAGCCUAAAGAAUGGGUUGCACAAGUGGAGCCUGGUGUGCUCAUCACAUUCCUUUCGUUGCCUGAAGGUGGGAAUGAUCUCAAGAGAAUUCGAUUCAGCCGUGAAAUGUUCAACAAAUCGCAAGCUCAAAGAUGGUGGGCAGAGAACUACGAGAAGUUGAUGGGACUAUACAACGUUCAACGGUUCGAUCAGGAAGCCGUCCCACUUCCAACUCCAUCAAGACCAGAGGACGAGAACCCAAAUCCUAAAUCUGCAAAAGAAAGCCCCAUGACUCCACCACUAGGCAAAGAACGAGCCCCCAGCAAGUCACAUCGUCCAAAGGGGACGAGCUACAUUUCGUCAGUAGACUCAAUCAAGCACCAUCGACAAAUGCAAUCCCACCAGUACUAUGAUACCCCAGCUGGUUUUGCUUCAACACCAAAGCUGUCUGGGACGACAGCAGAAGCAUCAUCCAUCGAUGGCUGCUCUGCCAGGACGAGUUCAUCAAGAGAGGUCGAAGAGCAUUCAGGCGAGCUCUCCCCGAGCAAUGCAAGUGAAAGUGGAUCUGAAUGGGUUGAACAGGAUGGACCAGGAGUGUACAUUACUAUCAGAGCACUACCUGGUGGCAAUCGAGAACUUAGGCGCAUCAGGUUCAGUCGAGAAAUGUUUGGAGAAAUGCAAGCAAGAGUGUGGUGGGAAGAGAACAAAGCCAGGAUACAAGAACAGUACUUGUGA